UUCUGCCGUAUCUUAAUUACGGUGUCGAUCGCAGCCUCUGUCGGUCCAGAAUUCCUUUGAGCAUCCAGGUUCAUUUGGGUAGUUGAGUUCUAUUUCAUUUCUUUGUCACUGCAGGCAUUCGGUGAUAUUUUGCGUUUUGAGAGUUGGGUUUUGGAGUUGGAGGAGGAGGAGACCGGAGUUGGUGAGUGGUGGUGGAUUUAGAAGUUUGUAGAGCCAUGGCAGCGAUAACGAGGGCCGCAUCGGCCUCUGGGAGGGCGAAGGGCAUUUUGAAUUCUUAUUUUCUGCGCUCUGUGUCGACGACCUCGGCGUCCUCAACCGCCUUGAAGAGUUCCACGGAGCAAUCCGACCCAUCGCCUGGAAUCACCGCCACGAAGGAGCCCAACAUUAAGAAGUUUUCAAUUUACCGGUGGAGCCCUGACAGCAGUGAGAAGCCCUACCUGAAGACGUAUUCCAUCAACACGAACGAGUGCGGGCCUAUGGUUUUGGAUGCGUUGAUCAAAAUCAAGAACGAGAUCGAUACUGGGUUGACAUUCCGGAGGUCUUGCCGGGAGGGAAUUUGUGGGUCUUGCGCAAUGAACAUCGGCGGCAGCAACGGCCUUGCUUGCUUGACGCCCAUUGAGCCUGAUCCCAAGUCGGAGACCAUAAUCUCCCCUCUCCCGCACAUGUAUGUGAUUAAGGACCUUGUCGUCGACAUGACGCAAUUUUAUUCGCAGUACAAGAGUAUUGAGCCCUGGCUGAAGACCAAGAAGCCUGCGCCCGGAGGAAAGGAGUAUCUUCAGACGAAGAAGGACCGACUCAAGCUGGACGGCAUGUAUGAAUGCAUCUUGUGUGCAUGCUGCACUACCUCCUGCCCUAGUUACUGGUGGAAUCCCGACAAGUAUUUGGGACCAGCUGCUCUGUUGCAGGCUCACAGAUGGAUUGCAGACAGCAGGGACGAAUUUACAAAGGAAAGGCUUGAGGCUCUAGACGACCCAUUCAAGUUGUACCGGUGCCACACCAUCAUGAAUUGUGCUAAAGCAUGCCCUAAGGGUUUGAACCCUGGAUUGCAAAUUGCUGCUAUUAAGAAGAAGGAGAUUACAAGAUAAGCCUAAUAGUUCGGAUGUAUCCGCUUAGCUCUCCAUGUCGUUGGAAUUCACUAUGUGGCUUAGUUGAGCAUGGAGAGAUGCAUUUUGGGAGGGUUCACCGUAGAUGUUCGUGUGAAUCGUCUGUGUCCCAGGUAUGAAUGUGCGCCCAAUGGUUGUAUUUUGCGCUCAGCUUGAGGCAUUCCAGGUAUCGGGCUGUGGCGCAGGCCUAGCAAUAAUUUGAUCAUCUGGUUGCUAGUUCAGUAUUUUGUGGCUUCCAGUUGUAUCAUUGAGAACUCUGAAAAGCUGUACAAUCGCACCUGUGAUUUCUUGGUGACGCGCUGAACUUGAAAGAAACUAUUCCAGCUAAUUGAUCAGACACCCUCUUCAUUUAUAUUCA